CUCCUUCCCUCCAGCCGAGCUCAGCGCCCGCCGCGUCCCGCGCUCCUCCCCCGGCGUCCACACCCCGCCCGGUUUGCAGAGCGCCGCCCGGGGCUGUAGCGGCGGGUCCCUAGCCGCGGCGCCCUCCGACACCCCAGGGGCAGCGGGGGCCGUGAGGCUCGGCUCCGAGGGCGCCGGGGGCCCAGGCACCCUGGCGUGAGGGGCUCUGGAGCCUGGGCCCAGGCUGGGGAGGCGACGCCCGGGAGGACGAAGCGGCGGCAGGGAGAGUUAUUUCCCAAGGGCGUCUGUGACAGAUGCUGACAACACAGCGUCCUCUCAAGUGCAGUUGUGGUGACCUUGAUUGGUUGACUUGCCUCAAGCACAGGGCCUUUCACACGACCUUUGUUCUGAUUCCUUGUUCACCAGGAUCUUUCGAAGAUGGUUUGGCUGCCUUGGAGAUUUGGAGAUCUGAUGCCACAAUGAGGACUCAUACACGGGGGGCUCCCAGUGUGUUUUUCAUAUAUUUGUUUUACUUUGUGUCAGCCUACAUCACUGACGAGAACCCAGAUGUCAUGAUUCCUUUCACCAAUGCCAACUACGACAGCCACCCAAUGCUGUACUUCUCCCGGGCCGAGGUGGCCGAGCUGCAGCUCAGAGCCACCAGCUCACAUGAGCAUAUUGCAGCCCGCCUCACCGAGGCUGUGCACACCAUGUUGUCCAGUCCCCUGGAGUACCUCCCGCCCUGGGACCCCAGGGACUACAGUGCCCGCUGGAACGAAAUUUACGGCAACAACUUGGGCGCCUUGGCAAUGUUCUGUGUGUUGUAUCCUGAGAACAUUGAAGCCCGAGACAUGGCCAAGGACUACAUGGAAAGGAUGGCGGCUCAGCCUAGUUGGCUGGUGAGGGAUGCUCCUUGGGAUGAAGUCCCACUCGCUCACUCCCUGGUUGGUUUUGCCACUGCCUAUGACUUCUUGUACAACUACCUAAGCAAGACGCAACAGGAGAAGUUUCUUGAAGUGAUUGCCAAUGUGUCAGGGUAUAUGUAUGAAACAUCAUACAGGAGAGGAUGGGGAUUUCAGUACCUGCACAAUCACCAGCCCACCAACUGUCUGGCCUUGCUCACGGGAAGCCUAGUUCUGAUGAAUCAAGGGUAUCUUCAAGAAGCCUACUUAUGGACUAAACAAGUCCUGACCAUCAUGGAGAAGUCUCUGGUCUUGCUGCGGGAGGUGACAGAUGGCUCCCUCUAUGAAGGAGUUGCAUAUGGCAGCUACACCACUAGAUCACUCUUCCAGUAUAUGUUUCUGGUUCAGAGGCACUUUGAUAUCAACCACUUUGGCCAUCCAUGGCUUAAACAACACUUUGCAUUUAUGUAUAGAACCAUCCUGCCAGGGUUUCAAAGAACUGUGGCUAUUGCAGACUCAAAUUACAACUGGUUUUAUGGUCCAGAAAGCCAGUUAGUGUUCCUGGAUAAAUUUGUCAUGCGUAACGGCAGUGGUAAUUGGCUGGCUGACCAAAUCAGAAGGAAUCGUGUGAUGGAAGGUCCAGGGACACCAUCCAAAGGGCAGCGCUGGUGUACUCUUCACACAGAAUUUCUCUGGUAUGAUGCCAGCUUGAGAUCUGUUCCUCCUCCAGAUUUUGGCACACCUACAUUGCAUUAUUUUGAAGACUGGGGUGUUGUGACUUAUGGAAGUGCACUGCCUGUAGAAAUCAAUAGAUCUUUUCUCUCCUUCAAGUCAGGAAAACUUGGGGGACGUGCAAUAUAUGACAUUGUCCACAGAAACAAAUACAAAGACUGGAUCAAAGGAUGGAGAAAUUUUAAUGCAGGGCAUGAACACCCUGAUCAAAACUCAUUUACUUUUGCUCCCAAUGGUGUGCCUUUCAUUACUGAGGCUCUCUAUGGGCCAAAGUAUACCUUCUUCAACAAUGUUUUGAUGUUUUCCCCAGCUGUUUCAAAGAGCUGCUUUUCUCCCUGGGAGGGUCAGGUCACAGAAGACUGCUCAUCAAAAUGGUCUAAAUACAAGCACGACCUGGCAGCUAGCUGUCAGGGGAGAGUGGUUGCAGCAGUGGAGAAAAAUGGAGUGGUUUUCAUCCGAGGAGAGGGUGUGGGAGCUUAUAACCCACAGCUCCAUCUGAAGAACUUUCAGAGGAAUCUGAUCCUCCUGCAUCCACAGCUUCUCCUCCUUGUGGACCAAAUACACCUGGGGGAGGAGAGCCCCUUGGAGACAGCAGCAAGCUUCUUCCACAAUGUGGAUGUUCCUUUUGAGGAGACAGUGGUAGACGGGGUCCAUGGGGCUUUCAUCAGGCAGCAAGAUGGUCUCUACAAAAUGUACUGGAUGGAUGAUACUGGUUACAGUGAAAAAGCAACCUUUGCUUCAGUGACAUACCCUCGGGGUUAUCCCUACAACGGGACAAACUAUGUGAAUGUCACCAUGCACCUCCGAAGCCCCAUCACUAGGACAGCUUACCUCUUCAUAGGGCCAUCUGUAGAUGUUCAGAGCUUCAGCAUCCAUGGUGACUCCCAGCAACUGGAUGUGUUCAUUGCCACCAGCGAGCACGCCUAUGCCACUUACCUUUGGACGGCAGAGGCCAUGGGACAGUCUGCCUUUGCACAGGUCAUUGCAGAUCAUCAGAAAAUUCUGUUCGACCAGAGUUCAGCCAUCAAGAGCACUACUGUCCCUGAGGUGGAGGACUACAGUGCUAUUGUGGGACAGAACCUGCAGCAUUUUAAACCAGUGUUCCAGCUGCUGGAGAAGCAGAUCCUGUCCCGAGUCCGGAACACAGCUAGUUUCAGGAAGACUGCUGAGCGCCUGCUGAGGUUUUCAGAUAAGAGACAGACUGAGGAGGCCAUCGACCGGAUUUUUGCCAUAUCACAGCAACAGCAGCACAGCAAGUCGAAGAGAAGCCGACGGCCAGGGAAGCACUACAAGUUUGUGGACGCUGUCCCUGAUAUUUUUGCACAGAUUGAAGUCAAUGAAAAAAAGAUUAGACGGAAAGCCCAGAUUUUGGCACAGAAAGAACUGCCCAUCGAUGAAGAUGAGGAAAUGAAAGAUCUUUUAGAUUUUGCAGAUGUAACAUAUGAGAAACACAAAAAUGGUGGCUUGAUGAAAGGCCAGUUUGGACAGGUGCGGAUGGUGACAACUACUCACAGAGCCCCGUCACUAUCUGCUUCGUACACGAGGCUCUUCCUGAUUCUGAACAUUGCUAUUUUCUUUGUCAUGUUGGCAAUGCAACUGACUUAUUUCCAGAGGGCCCAGAGCCUACAUGGCCAAAGAUGUCUUUAUGCAGUCCUUCUAAUAGAUGGCUGUAUUUUAUUGUGGUUGUACUCUUCUUGUUCCCAGUCACAGUGUUAGCACUGGUGCCAUAAAUUACUUGAUCAUUUUGUAGUCCCAAGAGUCUGUGCAACAAAAAAAAAA